GCGCUCACUUAUAUAGUAAUAUUUUGAAUUGAAAAGGAGAUUAGGUAGGAGACUCCAGGGCGAGCGCGCGUGUUGCUGGACUGUGAGUUUACAGCUCUCCGACCCAGCAGUAGGAUUCUUCUGAAAAGAGCUAACUGUGACAGUUCAAUACACAAAGAACUAAAGUGGCGAACCCCUCGCGGAGUGACUCCCGCGCCCCACGCAGGAAUAGCUCACCCUGUGAUGCGUAUGGAGACGACAGUGAGCUUUGAGCGAUUCGGAUAAGGGAAUGAGCAACACAACAGAGAUGUGCAAAUGACAGAAGAGCGUCUUAGUGAAGAGCAGCAUUAACUGUGCUUGAUGCUUGUGAAUUUCAACUUUGUUACAUGCUUCAAAAGAUGAGCCUAAAAAAUGUAUUUGGAAAACCAUCCAGCACCAGUUCAUUUUGCACUUUCUGAAGUCCAAAUCCAGAGCAACACGAAUUUUAUGACUGAAAAGAAUCUAUAACCUACUUUAUAAAAUGUUCAGUUGCUUCUUUCAUUCUGUGUCUGGUGUUUGCAGAGAUCAUGUCCAGAUGUAAUCAAUUUUCUAAACAUACGUGAUAUCUGGGUAAUCACACACCAUACAUUUUUGGUUUAUGACAGAGGAUGCUCCUGGUAGCCAAGUAUUCUAACAGAUAACCAAGGAUUAAAGCUCUGCUUUCCUAAGAACAAUAUUUUGUUCUUAAUUUCCCUGAGUGUUGAAGAGAAAUGCUGGGUCAGUACUUUAUGUCAUCAUCUUUAUAUGUUAUCCUGGUAAAUUAUUUUCAGAGAUCAAUGUUACUUAGAACUCCUGUUUUAUUUACUUUUUGUUUAGUGAGUACCAGCAAUCAAUAAAAUGAAAACUCCCUAAAAUGAAGAAAAGUUCAUUACUCAUUCAUUUGAACUUGUCCCCUUGUCUUUGAAUCUUUUUGUUACAUCAACCUAGUAAAGGCCAAGGUUAAAGAAGCUCUUCUGCCACUGUGAAAGUGUCACAGUGUAGCUUACUAUGUAAUAUAGUUUUAGUCUUCAAAAGUUUAUCUUCAAAGUGAUGGUACUAGUUGUAGAGAACGUGACUCCUGGACUUCUUCCAAACUGUUCCAACUGCACACGGACAGCAGCUCAAGGAGUAGACAUCACUAAAGCUGUGGUUGUUGGGCUCAUUCUAGGUAUCGUUAUUGUUUUUGGCAUUCUUGGCAACAUACUCGUUAUUGUCUCUGUGGCUUCCCACCGCCACUUACAGACUGUCACCCACUACUUCAUUGUCAAUUUGGCUGUGGCAGACCUUCUGCUCACUACUACAGUGCUGCCCUUCUCGGCUACUUUUGAGAUCCUGGGCUACUGGGUUUUUGGCAGGAUUUUUUGCAAUAUAUGGGCCGCAGUGGAUGUUCUUUGCUGCACAGCUUCUAUCAUGAGCCUGUGCAUGAUCUCUGUAGACAGAUAUGUAGGAGUCAGUUACCCUCUGCGUUACCCAUCUAUUAUGACAGAGAAGCGAGGUCUAUUGAUGCUUGUUGGACUCUGGGCUUUGUCUAUAACUAUUUCAAUUGGACCAUUAUUUGGCUGGAAGGAGCCAGCCCCUGAUGAUGAGACAAUCUGCAAAAUCACAGAAGAACCAGGGUAUGCCAUCUUUUCUGCUUUUGGAUCCUUCUAUGUCCCAAUGACCAUUAUCCUUAUUAUGUAUUGCCGGGUGUAUGUGGUAGCCAAAAGAGCAACCCGAGACCUGAAACUGGGAAUGAAGAUAGAGAAAUCCAAUUCAGAAGCGGUGACACUAAGGAUACAUCGCAAGAAUGUUGUUCCAUCGGAUGAAACUCUCAGGAGUCGCACUCCCUUUUCUAUCCACCUGCACAAAUUCUCAAGGGAGAAGAAGGCAGCAAAAACUCUUGGAAUUGUAGUUGGAUGCUUCAUCCUGUGCUGGCUCCCAUUCUUCUUGGUACUGCCAAUUGGUUCUAUAUUCCCAGCCUACAAGCCCUCAGAAACUGUGUUCAAGAUAACAUUUUGGCUGGGAUAUUUCAACAGCUGUAUUAACCCCAUCAUUUAUCGUUGCUCCAGUCAGGAGUUCAAAAAGGCCUUUCAAAAUGUUCUACGUGCCCAGUGCUCCCAGUCAAGGGCUGGGUCAAUGCCUAAACCUUCCUCGCUGGGCUGGGGGCACGGACGUUUUGGAGUGUCAGGGUCAGAUGCUCAUAGCCCAGUGACACCUGUAUACUGCCAAGUGGAGCGCGACAGAAGUGGCUGCGAAUGGAAGGUGGUACAUGGAGUCUUAACAUCAAGUGGGGAACAUCCAACUAACAGAGCCACAGCUUCAGCGCACACACGUAGUAAGACUCUGUUGCGUGAGUGCUGCUGUGUAGUAACAGAAAACACACAUCCGCCUCAAGUGCCUGUUAUCAAGGUGCACACCAUGUCGUUGUGUGAGAAUGGUGAGGCGGUUUAAGUCAAAUAGCUCUCAACAACCAAGAGAAAAACUCUAAAUUGUUACUGGACCCAAGAAGAAAGAAUCAUUGAAGUAACAGUGUCCUUGUGUUCUGGGAGAUUUUGUUCCAGAGGCUGCAAUUCUACCUUGCCUUCUUCUCUCAUUCCAUUUUUACAGCUGUUUAGAUGACACUGAUUUAUUUCUUCUUGUCUUAAAACACAUUAGUCAAAUGAUUCUUUCAAAAUCAGCCUGGUAUUACAAGCUCACGGGCUAGCCUUCAUACAUCAGACUCAAGGAGGUCCACCUUCAAAUCAACAACAUGGAAAAACUGACAAAUGAACAGAAAGGGUACCAGCAUAGAUUUGGGGGACAUCUAACAUAGGACAAAGUAAACAGGAGGCACAAGAGGACUGCUGAGAUUCAUUUAGCCUGUUCCCUGCCCAGUGGGGCAAUUUAUAAAGGCACGUUCAGCUGAUGGCUUCAUGAUUGACCAAUAGCUGCAUCAUUCCUCUGUGACAUGGCACCAUGCACACUGAUUACUGUAUUGAUGAUUAUUAAUUAUUGAGAAUAAAACAUGUUCCUCUACAAUUAUGAUUUAAUUAUCAAUCAAUAGUAGAAAAGGUAGCACCAUGACAGGAUGAUUAGCAUGAAUAAGGAUGCUACCUACUCAUGUAUGAUGUUACUUUCUCACUGCAUAACAGAGGACAUGUGUGGGCUCUUGUUGAUAUGUAAACAUUUUAUAUGUCACUCUGUCAAAGCUAAAGGGAAAAAAUAUGUUUGAUAUAUAUUUUCAAGCAAGAGACUCCAGCAUUUCUAAUUUUUGUAUAUUUAUUUUUGGAGAGUAAAUAAACUUUGGAUUGCAGCUACUAUCUAGAUGGCUGCUGAUCCGGACCAUCACUAAAUGGAUUGGUAAAUCCAUCUGGAGUGAAGGCUAUGCUGUCAAUUCUCCAUAGCCUAUACACGGUACAAAAAAGCUGUCAUGUGUGUCAGAUUCCUCUGCUAAAGUGUCAGGGCUUUUUGGUUCUAAUAGUAUUUUGCACUUUUAUUGUCUGUGUUUCUUCACAUUUGGCACAUUGAUUGCAUUCUGCUUACAAGUAAUGUGUGUGACCUCCUGUGCUCCAGUGUGUAACUGCCUUGUGUAACUGCAUGAAGCACUGGUAUUGCUGUCUAAUUAGUGUGCCAAAGCGCUGUGUGUUGAAUAUGUGAAUUGUGGUGAAUUGCUCAUCUCUCAACAUGGCUUCGCAUAUGACUGAUGUGCAGCAGCUGAAGCAUUGGCCUGUCAAGGCCUCCUUUCUUUUUUAUACAGGAUCAUUCCACUGAUGCCCCCAAGUCACUGAUUUCCCAAUGAUGAGGAAACAUUUGGAAACUCAUUAGUACAUAAAGUAACUAAUGUGGCCUACAUGUGACCAAAAGUUCAUCUAAUUCCUAAUAAAAGAAAAAAGAAUCUGAUUAAAUAAUUGACGCCCAGACACAUCUACCUUUCCUUAUCCUCAUUUAACACAUUGCAAAACUGCUGUCUCCCCAAAAUCAGCUUUGCUACCCACUCCUUUAUUAUGGACUUGCUGAUACAGCUGACCAGUAGAAGAAUGUUUUGUGGAGAGAUGAGAUAUAAGUGGAUAAAUGGCAUACAUUUAAAACAUUACAAAGUUAAACAUUGUAUUCUAAAAAAAUAAACUAAAUUGUUAUCAGUAAAGUAUAGCAUAGGUGUAUAUAUUAACUAGUAUUUAAUUUGGGAAAAAGAACUUUACAUUUUACCAGCAGAUAAUAAAGGGGAAUUUACAUAAGCUGAAACUUAACUGAAUGCUGGGCAUGUAAGCAUACCAACAGUUACAAAUGCAAGAAUCGACAGAAUGAUGUUAACUUUAACUCAGUUGACAUGUGAAAAGGAGGGUGCCCAUCUAAAACAGUCCUCUCCCUAUUCAAUGAAAAAUCAGUAAAAAUAAAGAUUUAGCUUUUUAUAGCAUUUAGUUGCCCUACUUAAUAUCUCUAAAUGUCCGCCCCGGGAAGACAUCCUAGCAACCCCACUUACACAGGGACACAGGGACAACCCAAUGGACACUUGAAGUGGAACACUCCCUGGAAAUGUCAGCUGAGUGCUGUCUCUCUUUUUCUCUUUCAUUCUGCCCCCACUUUCAGCGCAGCACCACCAAUAGACUCCUGCUGACUACACCAAAUGCUUUGCCAUGAAAACAAACCCUGAUCCAUUCCCAAGUUACACAUUUUGCACUUUUGUAACCUACCAAUGGUCCGCUACAAACUUGAGUUUGUCUGGAUUACAAAGGCCUAUAGAAGUAGCUCCUUUUACAUUGAACAAAACUCAUAUGCUGAGGCAUGCAGGGACUGCCUGCAAGUGGAGCUUUUUCUGGUGAGCCAUGAGCUUUGGUGCAGCACAGUCACAACAAAUACAAAUAAGGAAAGGUAAAAUAUCUGAGCGUUCUCUCUUUCUUUAGAUUCUUUUUUACCUAUUUUAGGACUUACCUAUGAAGAAACAUACAAUAAGUAAUUCCAAAGGGUUUGUGAAAUGUUUCUCCUUCCUGUAGGUGCAACAUUUUUGCUAAAAUUGAAUUGUAUGAAAGGGAACAGCAAAGCGUAUCGCCGCACAUGACCUUCAAUGACCAGGGAACUGAAUCCAACCUUGUAAGACUGAGUUCCCAUCUAGAACUACAGAAUAAUGAAAGCCAUCCAUUGUUAGUGCAACAGAAUUCUUUCAAAUAAAUAACAAAUUAAGUACUUGAGAGCACCAGUGGAAAUCAAGGGGAAGUGCCUUCAAAAAUGAGGAAGCACUUAUUCAUGUAAAGGAGCAUGGAAAAUUUUUAAGAAUCUACCAAAUGAAGUGGAGACUCUGAAACCUUUUUAAAAAUGUCAAGAAACACCUGAGUUAUUUGGCAGAUAAACAUACUUUAAGAACUGAAUGGUUUACACUCAUUUUUAAAAUAACCUAUAUUUGCUUGAAGGUUUCACUUUUUACUUUGUGUUAUUUUUUCACCUCUCAUUACUAAUGUUAUUGGGAAUGGCUGUGUGUACAGUGCUAGUAUCCAAACAUCAUACUGUUUGUGCCAGUAACUGGAAAUAAAUGAACGCCUGUUUAAGGCCAGGCUAUUCAAUGUGUGACUGGAGUGCCACAAUGAAAGGAAAGCUAUGCCGUAACAAUGACUAAAUAUUCUAGUCUGCAUAACCUUUCAUUAGAGGGUGAGCAUGUGUCUUAAGACAAGAGAUUAUUCUGUUCUUAAAUUUAGCUGAACAAGCUGGUCUUGUAGAUCAGGAGUUUGAAUAGAAGUAGAAGCAUCUGGUCGGCAGUGCAUUACAAUGGAAAUAUUUAUUUUUUGUCAUUACAACAUUCGAAAGUCACUCCAUUUGUCACUGCAAUUGAAUGGUAUAUUUGUUUAAAUUAGUAUUUGAAUGAAAAAGGUCAAAAACUUCUGUUUCCCUUUCAGUGGAUAAUACCAUCCCAUUCUGAAAGACUGCAGAAAACAAGAUGAGAUAAAUCUAUAAAAAUGUAUUAAUCUAAAAUCCGUACAUAAUUCUCUCAUUAGCAUAAUUUUACCAUAUUCACAGUGUAAAUCAUCCUAAAUGAAUACUCCAUAAGAAAAGCUUAAUUGAAUGUUGCUUAUCCCAUGUAGUUUGUGAAAAAAAAAAAUUUAUCUGAUGUUUCCAUGCAGAAUGGAGAUAAAAAAAAACAUUUCUGACUCAAUAUAAGUCAGUAGCGAUCAACGUUGAACAAAAACAAACAUUAUCAAAACAUCCAUGAAAAAAAUCUCACAUGUGCAGUCAUCCAUCUUUAUGCUCACAAUGUCCAAAACAGAGUGAUUAAAUAUAUCAUUUCCGGAAAAUACUGGCAUGAACUAAAACAGACCUCACUCAAACGCUUCUGAGCAUCUGAAUGAAAGACCCACCCCACCUUUCAUUCCUUGGCCCGCAGUCCAGCCCAGUGUUCAUUAGUUAACAUCGCAUUUUAAGUGAUACCCUCAGUGCAAAGUUCACUUUAAAGAUGAAAAGUGAGGGAAAACAUUACAAGGAAGAGAAUUUAGCUUGUACAUUUCUGAGAGGCUUCAAUAAGCAGAAGCUCUUUUUACCACACAGUGCCACUAAAUAAUUCCGAGAUACGGUACUCCAGUUCUGGAUAUGAAUAUAAAUGUAACUGUGGCAGGUGGGUCUACAAGUCAGGUGCUCAUUCACUUCUGAGAGGCAUCUCUUUUAGUUCAUAAGAGCAUUUUCCAGAAAUUAACGUAUUUAAAAAUAAUACAUAUGUUCAGGAUGUUGUGAGUAUAUGACUGAUAAUGUGACACAAGUAACAUGAGCUUUUUCAGUGGAUGUUUUGACAUUGUUUGCUGUUGUUUAAUGGUCACUAUAGGCUUACAUUGUAUGAGAAACUUUUUUAAUCUCCAUUCUGCAUUACAUUUUUUUUUCUCAACCAACAAUACAAACUAUAUGAGGUGAGUAAAAAAGUCAAAAAAUAAUCAUUUUUGGGUGGUGUUUGACUGUUUCUUCAGCAAACAUUCAAACUCUGGAUAGAACUGACAGCAAACCCAAUGGAUUCUCAAUUGACUGGCUUCAAAAUGAAUGAAGUAAAAGAAUUGUUUCUCUAAUAAAAACCCAUAAUAAAGAUUGGUAGUUAAUGGGUUUGUUAGGGUCCUUCUUCAGACAGUCAGUUCUCAAAAUGCAGAGGCACUGUGGCAAAGUUUGGUGCUGUUGGCACCUUACAGUUUUUGAACAUUUUCCACUAUAUCUUGUCAUUUAGGAUUCCAUCUAUGGAGUUAGGUUUCCUCUUAAAGUCCAAAGUAUUAUUUUAGUUUAGAAAAAGUUAUUUUAUUGUUUGCUGUAAACGGGGCCACCUAUCCUGUUUGGGGUGGUUUCUGCUUCAUUAUUUUGGAAGUAAAGGUCAAACAAACAGAAAGGUUUUCAUUUACAGUGCAAAACCCUUUUUAUUCCAGCAGUAUCCCCCAAAAGGGAAGAACCAACCAUGAAUGGAAUGUCAGUUCAGCACAGGGCAGACUCGCAUACACCACCUCAGUUCACACCAGGUCAGUUUUAUCUUCACAUCUUUUGAAUGAAGGGGGAAACUAGAGUACCAAAAAAAAAAACCACCCAAACACUCACAGAAGCAGCAGACUCCACGUAGACAUUCUUCAGGUUAAAGGCAUCAGUGCUGACCAAUGUGCCACUGCGUGUUCAUUUUCUGUGAUUUGCCAUUUAAAAUUAUUGUUGUAAAAUGUUUACGCCUUUCAAAAUUACAAUAAUAACUUCAUCUGAGAAAAUAAAGGUGAAAUUGCUGUAUACAUAAACUCCCUGCAGUAUGUAAAAUGUGCAUUGUAAAAGCAUAAUCAAUGAAAAAGCUAUACAAACUUUCAGAUGUUCAUAUUCAUGAUUGAUAUUUGCUUUCUUAAAAAGUGAAUUCCCCAGAAGAUAUGUGCUGACUUUUCAUGUGUUAACCCUGCACAAAAAUGAAAUGUUGAAUUAAUAACCAGACAACAAUUAAUUCCUCGUUAGGUUAUUUGAUCUUUUAUAAAUUGCUGUUAGAGUUGUGUUGUGUUUCAAGGCCCUAGGAUUCAUCAAAGUGUCUCUUCACUCUGCUCCACCAUUCCCAAUUUUUCCAUUCCAUUUACUUGGCCUCUCUUCAUCCUUUCUGCAAAUUAGGAAUUAUAGGAGAACACAACUCAGGAUUCUGGUAAUUUUACUGAUUACAUAAUAGGUGAAAGCUAUUCUUGAAGAAGGGAGACUAGGAAAAUUAAUUUUAACAUUGGACUUUUUACCAGUGGCAAUGUAUAUCAACAAAUGUGAUGAAAUUUCAGUGAAAUAAAUAUAUUUUUUGGCUGA